GUUUGGUAUGGGACCUAACUGCUGGACUUUUCUUUUUCCCUUUUUGUUUUUCUCAGAACACAAAAUGUCUGCUUCUGGCUCAAAAUCUUCGAAGAAGAAAGGGAAAGGUAUGGCCACGCUGGAGGAGGUUUCUCUGGGACCCGUUGCCCAGGAGGGGUAUAAAUCCCGCGCAACCGGUUGGGAAGCGGCCGAGCUUCGAUCAACCCUGACUUGUCCUCACCAGCUGGAGAACAUUAUUAAUGUGGCUGGGAUCAAACCCUCCACCUCAGGGACCUUCCACCGGCCUCCUCGUGACUCGGAGACGCCUAAUCAUAACUAUGACGGCUUCGGGGCUUGGAGUCAGACCCAUUUGAUGACCGGUGCCAUGCUCCCGCUCCAAGAUUACUUUGUUAAUUUUCUUGUAUUUGUCGGCCUUGCGCCAUACCAACUUAUUCCUCAAGCUUACCGCCUGCUCUCAGGCUUAUUUAUUUUUUACACCGCCCGUGGCUGGGGGUCUCCCAGCCCGGCGGAAAUUUUAUAUUUUUAUGAACUUGUAUCCGUCCCCAAGAAAGGGGACAAACUUAAGGAUGGUUUUUAUGGGUUCCGGAUCCACCCUGCUAACGAGGGGGUGGUUCCGUAUAAUAGGCAGACUCACGUUAAGGAGUACCGCCACCGUUUUUUCUUUUCUUCCGGGUUCAGGGCCGUGGACCACCCGGAGCUUCUCACGGAGUGGGUGCGGAUCCCACCUUACCAGCGGACGCUUCCCACUCAGGCUUUCCUUCGAAGGGCCCAAGCCUUCGCCUCCUAUGACCACGCCGAUCUUGAUGUCGGGGGCCUGGUUACCACGGAGAAUUGCAGAAAGGCCAAACUUAUCCUUUCUCAUCAAUCCGUGGAUGACUCCAACCUCUCACGGGUCAUUUGCCCCAAUGUGAGGGCGCCUGUUGCGGAGAAGGCCUUCCGGGACGAGCUCAUUGCCACGGCAGAGAAGAAGUACCAAGAUUAUCUCUACCGGAAGGCCCAGGAGAAAGCGUACUCUAAGGCCCAGGCUGCCUCGGGGAGAGGACUUCGCGUGGGGAGUCCGGUGGAGCGAAGGAGCCAAGCCAUUGCUGGGAAGUCCGAAGCUAAAUUUUUUGACAAGAUACUUCAAGAAGAGAUUGGGGAUCGUUCUGCCAGGCGGCCCCUUCGUAUUGAAGAUUCUUCCGAGAAGCAAACUUCCCGGCCACAGCCUUCGGCCCCCGAACCAAACUCGGGUGCUCCCGGUGCUAGCACCUCCGGUGCCGGCGAUAUCUCCAUGGAUGCCAUCCUGGAACAGCUUGCCGGGGUUCAUACUCCCGUGGCUCCUCCGGCCUUCACCUCUUCUCCCCCAGCCCCUUCCUUGAAGGUUUCUUCCAGCGCUCCCCCCGACACUAUUGACUUAGUGGAUGACGAGGAGGUGCUUCCGGGAGAAGGCCAAGGGAAAGGAUGGGACUUCUCGGAGGAAGCCGUUGAGGGUGCAGGAGAGCCUCAAGCUCUUCCGGAGGUAGCAGAGGAGGACGAGGAGGAGCCUGAAGUGGCUCUGAUUCGCAAGCGUAAGGGCAAGAUGGUUGCCCAGGAUGAGCCGAAGAGGCCUCGGAGAGCCGACACUCCUGCCCAUGGCCUAGACGGCGGGGUCUCCCCGAUGGAGGAAAAUCCUGCUCCUCCCCACAUCGAGCUUACCCCGAUUCCGGGGGACGAGGUGAGGCAGGAGCUUCGCAUAGCCAAACACAACUAUGCUAUGGAUGAGUACUCCCGGGGGCAUGCCGAAGUGGAGGCCCUUAGGAGGAUUCUGCGAGCUGAGGUUGAGGCGAGCAUCAACCACCCGGAAUACCAGGAUCCGUGGGACCUUAACCUGGACCCCUUAUCGGACUGGUUCCGUCGCUUCCUAGGGCCUACCUUGGCUCCUUUCGCCGCGGAGAUGACCGGUGAGUUCGCUUCUCAGCUCACACGCUGCGCGCCCAAGCGGUUUGCCACUUGCGCUUCCCUGAACUCCAUCUUCCAGGUCCAGGACCUCAGCCAUUCUCUCACGGUGGUAAGUACUUUGCAAUUUUUGCGUUUCCUUUUGUUGUUUGUAUUUUGUUUUUCUUUUUUCUUAUACUUUGUUAUGGCUCAGCUUGCUGCUGAGGCUGGCCGUCUCUCCAAGAACAUCAUAAACCAUGGCUUCACUCUGUCCGACUUUGGAGACAUGAAUGACGUCAGGAAGGUCCUCCAAGACCUCACAGCGGAGAGGCAGAUCUACCAGGAGGCUGCUGAGCGCCAGGAGGCAGCGGCCAAGGCCAAGGAAGAGGAGGCCAAACGGAGGGAGGCUCAGGCGGAGGCCAUGAUCCGGGAUGAGGCUCAGCGGAGAGACAGGAUGGAGGCCCAGCACCAGGAGGAACUAAGGGCUCAAACCGAGGCUGCUGAGAAGGCCAGGCGAGAUCUCCGGGAGGCCAGGGAGGCUUUGGAUGAAAUGGUCGUCAAGGUUAGAUCUCUAGAGGAGACUCACCAGUCGGACAUUGAAUCCAAGGCCGCUCUAGCUGCGGAGUUGAAGGAGCUUAGGGAUUUCAAAGAACAGUCCACUAGGAAGGCCAAGAGGGCCGAGCUCCUUUCUCCUGUUUCCUGCGCCCGAUGCCCGAAGCGCUUUGAUGAUGGUGUCUAUAUGGCUUGGGCCACCAAUGAUCAGAGUAUCAAGCUUACUUUUUAUCCCAAACCCGAGGAGAUGAUUGCCAGAUUUCGAGAAAAGAAGAAGAAGCUUGAUGCUGCGCUUGAGGCACGGAUUGGACCUCGUCUUCCUCCGCGGGCUGACUGAGCUGCCGUAUUAUUGACCCAGAUUAUACCCAUUUCUUUUAUAACUCUUUUUUUUUUUUGUACAUAUUUGCUGCUACCUUAGAACAAUUUACAUAUAGGCGGCAGCUUUCAUUUGAAGGGGAGACAAUUAUAUUUUAAGGCCUGUCCCCGGGCCAUUUAUAUGUAUAUGACCUGCCCUUUGGGCCAGGAUAUUUAUUUUUUUUUU